AUGCUCUUGGCAGUGGUGUUUCUUUUAUUCCAGCUCGGACUUAUAACUUAUGGUGAUGAUUUAUGUCCUGUGUCGAAGAUUACUUCGGCUGGUCGAGAAAAUAUUUUGAAGAAGCUUAAUGACAUUCGGACGAAAGUUGCUAUGGGCCAGUUCUCGACAUCAGAUGGAACGUAUCCAGCAGCCAAGGAGAUGUACAAACUGAAGCUGGCUCAGGAACACGUAGACAAAUGCCAUUAUGAUCGUUCCGAAUAUUUCCUUAAGUAUUUUUAUGGCGAUGGCGUUGGUGAAACUUUGUUUGCGAACUGGACUCUUGAAAACGACCCCAAAGACGAUAUGCUAUCAGUGGCGGUGGAUGAGUGGUUAAAAAGUAAACCAAUGGGAGAAACAAGUUUAUCAAUGGACAAAUAUUUCGAAACGUCGAAUGAAGAUUUAGCUCAGUUAAUCACGGCGCGCACGACAGAAAUUGGCUGUGGAGUAUCAUUUUGUGAAUAUCCCAAACAUCGUCCAUACUACUUACAAUUUAUUACUUGCAAUUACUAUCCAAGUGGACAAAAAUGGUACACCACGUUGUAUGAGAGUGGUGAAAAAUGCAAAAGCGAUGCACAAUGUACGACGUAUGCUUCAUCAAAAUGUCUGUCAUCAGAGGGUCUAUGUACUCGAGAAUUGAAAGAAAAGGAAGAACCAGAAAACACUAAAGAAUUAGAAGAAAUAUCGGAAGAAUCUAAGGAAGGAGAGGGGCAAGAAGAAGAAUCCAAAGAGGAAGAGGAGCCCGAAGAAGAACCUAAAGAGAGCGAAGAAUUAGAAGAGAAAUCCGAAGAAUCCAAAGAGGAAGAGGAGCCAGAAGAAGAACCAGAAGAGAGCGAAGAAUUAGAAGAGAAAUCUGAAGAACCGAAAGAGGAAGAGGAGCCCGAAGAAGAACCUGAAGAGAGCGAAGAAUUAGAAGAGAAAUCGGAAGAACCCAAAGAAGAAGAGGAGCCCGAAGAAGAACCUGAAGAGAGUGAAGAAUUAGAAGAGAAA